AUGGCAGGACUACCAGACGGCAGUGUAUUCAAGGGCAAGAAACUUUUGAGCCACUCGGGGGAUCUUGUUGAUGCUGAGCAAGCUUUGGCCAACAAAACAGUUGUAGUCUGCUACUUCUCAGCACACUGGUGUCCGCCAUGUCGACAAUUUACUCCAAUGCUGAAGAUGUUCUACGAGGAUUUGGAAGACUCCCCGCUUGCAAUCAUCUUCGUUUCUUCGGACAGAGAUGAGGCAUCCAUGAAAUCUUACUUCGCUGACCAUGGUGCCUAUUAUGCAGUCCCAUACAGUGAUAAUGAGCUCUCAACUGCCUUGAAGCAGAAUUGUGAAGUUCAAGGAAUUCCGAAGCUUGCCGUUGUCGAUAAGAGUGGUAAAAUGCUUAAUGGCGACGGUAGAUCCGAUGUAGCUAAAGGAAAGCCGUCUGAGGCAUUCAAGAAGUGGGAAGACAUCUCAAAGGCCUAA